AUGGCAAUUCUAUCAACAUUCAAGACGGGGAACCUGGUAGAGACUGGCGUCUAUGCCGCUCUGGUUACCUUUGGAGUUGCUCUUCUGUUUGGGCUGGUUGCCUUCAUGUCCGACUUCCUCGAUGGCUGGCUCAGGAGAAGGGCUCUAGGUGACAUUCCUUUUGUAGACGAGGGUAGCAAUAUGAGUGCAUGUUUGAGAUGGUGGAGCCGGAGGUUUGAAGCUGAAAAAGAGUAUGCAAAAGCAUAUAAGCUGUACAGCAAGAGAGGUAAACCAUAUGCAACGAGAGUGAAGAACAAUGACCAUGGCAUCGUGCUUCCUCUGAAUUCAACGAAGGAAUGGCGUUCCUUACCAAGCGAUCAACUGAGCUUUCUGCAUGCAUUGUCAGAGUUCGCCGAUCUGUAUAUGCAUAUAAAUGUAACGGAUAGGACACCUUUGCAUGCAGUGCAUUACUGCAACAACGCUAAUACGCUAAGCCGGUUUAAUCGUCAUAUCGUUGAUGCCACCUAUAAAACUCUGCCAUUGAUUGCUGGUAAACCUACAGAUCAUGAUUGGAAGCAAUUGAAUGUAUUCCAUAGUAUGCUCUCGUUGUGCUCAACGGUUGCAAUGUCUGUGCUGCUCGGACCGGAGUUCUCCAUGGACACAUCUCUCAUACAAACUAUCAUGAAAUACAAUACUGCGAUAAUGCCCAGCUGUGCCGAACGAACUAGCUACCCCCGUAUCCUCCGUCCAUUUGUAUGGCGCCUCUCACCCCUCUGUCGUGCAAUGCAGUCGAAUCUCUCCAAGGCAAAGAUGAAGCUGAUCCCAGAGAUAAAGCAUCGCAUCGGUAUUGCACGUUCGAAGAAAGGAUGGAUAGAGAAUGGUGGUCCAAUGUCUCUCUUGGAUGGCCUCAUUGAGAUGGCAUUCGAAAAAGGCAGUUUGAGUCGCAGUAGCGAUCGCGGCGAUGAUGCUCAGCAGGUACAUUUAUUGGCCGAGGAGAUCAUGUUUUAUCAUUUUGAGCUGUCUUCGCCCAUUGCAUUCUUUAUAACCUUCAAUCUGUACGUGAUUAUGAACCACAAGGAAUACUUGGCUCCUCUCCGAGAGGAGAUUAGGGAGGCCUCAAAACUGACCGGUGGGAGCUUAACCCUCGAUACCUUGAAGCACGCCCCAAAGUUGGAAAGCUUCGUCAAGGAGACAUGUCGUUUGUACGAUAUUUCAUGUUGUAAGCUCUUCCGUCCACAUCAAACCUUUCACUUGAUCAGUUUUCUCUUCUUCCCGUUUUACCAAAUAGCAACUGACCAGCAUCCAACCCGUUCUCUAGUAACCAGCUUCCGCCGCGUCAUGAAACCAGUGCACCUGGAGUCUAUAAAUUUAUCUCUAAGCCCAGGCACGAUAAUUAUGUCACCUGGUAGAGAUGUCCAUUUUGACCCAGAGUAUUAUGAAAACCCAACCAUGUUCGAUGGUUACCGCUUCUACGAUGCCAGUCGUGAAACCUGUACUCCGCAUAUAUCUACCACUUCCCCGACAUUCCUCACAUUCUCUCACGGAAUAAGUGCCUGUCCGGCACGGGUCCUUGCGACUCAAAUCACUCGAACUAUCUUUAUAUUGUUACUUCUCAAAUAUGAUGUGGAACUCGCACAUGAAGAGAUGCCACCGUAUGGCAUCGCGGAUGGGCCAGUGUAUCUCCCUAACCCCUCGAUCAUGAUGCGAGUAAGACCCCGCCAGAAAGGCGUCUUCGGACCUUGA